CGGCUAGGCCUGGAGACAAGAUGGCGGCGUCCGGGGAACCUGUACGGCUGGAGAGAGAUAUCUCAAGGGCUAUUGAGCUCCUGGAGAAGCUCCAAAGAAGUGGCGAGGUUCCCCCACACAAGCUUCAUGCAUUGCAGAGAGUCCUGCAGAGUGAUUUCUGUAAUGCUGUCAGAGAGGUUUAUGAACAUGUUUAUGAGACUGUGGAUAUCAACAGCAGCCCAGAGGUGAGGGCCAACGCAACAGCAAAGGCUACUGUAGCUGCGUUUGCCGCGAGUGAAGGCCAUUCGCACCCCAGGGUCGUUGAACUCCCCAAAACAGAAGAAGGUCUCGGAUUUAACAUAAUGGGAGGAAAAGAGCAGAACUCUCCCAUUUAUAUUUCCCGCAUUAUCCCUGGUGGGAUCGCGGACAGACAAGGCUCACUGAAGCGCGGGGACCAGCUACUGUCUGUGAAUGGAGUGAGCGUGGAAGGUGAACAUCACGAGAAAGCAGUGGAGCUCCUGAAAGCCGCCCAGGGCAAGGUAAAACUGGUGGUCCGGUACACCCCGCGAGUCUUGGAAGAAAUGGAGUCCCGCUUUGAAAAGAUGAGAUCUGCAAAACGCAGGCAACAAAACUAAGAAACGCGCCAUGUAUACAAGACACAAACUUUCUAUUCCGCUCUAGAAUUAGUUCCCCGUGAACUCUACAUCCAAUACAAAACUCGUUCUAGGUUCCGCCUCUAACGCACACAGCUGGAAUUCCACUACCGUAUACGUCUUUAUCACACAAACGUUUACAGGGCAGUUUUUACUUACCCUCCUUUUUUAAA